AUGUCUAUUACACAGAAGUCAUAUGGACCCGAAGUCUCUCAAAUAAGACCCAAAAUAGGAGCUGUUUCUUUGAUCAUCGACUCCCUCAAGGCAAAUUCGUGUAGUAAAACUCCGCCAAAAUUGACUCCAGACGAGGUUGAGCAGAGGUUGUUAUCUGAGGUGUUUUCAUCCGUGCAGGAGAAUGGAUGUGUGGUUGAGGAGAACGACCCUGAGAUCUUGGUUUCCCUCAGCGAGAAACAUGGAGACUCAUUUUUCAAUGGCUGCAUACGCCCCGUGGGAUUGAAACUCGUUGCGAAUAUCGAGUUUACCGAGACCCUGAUAAAGAAGACCUUUGAGGCUCUGAAGCGCGGUAAAUUAGAAAUAAAAACGAUUCAGACGUUCUACAAGGAUAUCUGUACUAGGUUUGUGAAUCGAACGAAGCAAAAAGUCAACAACAGGAACGGUACCACUGAGUAUGAAGCACCUUCGACAUGGUAUGAACGAAUUGACUCUAAACCGAUUGGGGGCACUAGGAUAGCUCAACUAAUCACGGAUUUCCUUGCGGCUUGCGAGGAGGUCUCUCUACCGGACAGUCGAGAGCAGCUAGUUGACCUAGUCUUGGACGUGGCACGGCGAUCUGGACCGGAAUGUUUCGAGACACUGCUCCUACCACUCCUACAACGACUUCUUCCACUUGUAGAAGGAAUGGACCAAAGGGUGUACGAGCAACUAUUUCGAGAGGUUCUAUCUCUAUACUUGCGCAGUUAUGUGUCACCAAAGCCCGAACGACCUCAGGAUUGGAAACGAUCGAUGGAUCAAGCUAUUUGCAAACGCCAAUGCGAGGAUUGCAUGACGGUGCAGCGAUUCGCUACUGCUUCCAAUGAAGAAUCGCGUAAUUUCGUGAUGGCCUACAGCCCACGAAGCCAUAUCAUAGGCCAGCUGAGUAAUCAUAAAGACCUUGAGGUAACGAUUGAUCGCACCAAAAGCCCACAUCAACUUUUCAUUCGCAAGACCGAAGGUCAGUGGCAUCACGAUGUCAAUCUAUGGAAAGGCAGAUGUAGAGAGGCACGGAAGAUGCUCAACAAUCUCGACCAGGAGAAGCUGACGGCUAUACUUGGAGAAGAGAAGCUGAAGGAGAUCGUGGCGAUGCUGGAAACGAUCAAGAAGGGUGAACAAAAUAUUCGCAUGCCUCUUGGUGAUGUAGGACAAGGCAAUCAGACGAACAAGAGGAAGCGCCCACCCAGAGAUGAGAAUGCAGAUGAUAACUUGCCCAUAUCGAAGAGGCGUGGAGAGGUCGAGAUCGUCGAUCUGUGCGAACAUUGA